ACUUUGUAGUAUACUAUACCUGCAAGAUUAUCUGUGAAUGCAUGGGCAUCGAUGACUAUAUCUUGAGAUCGCGAUUGUGACUAUUGUGUCAGGCAUCGAUGACUAUAUCUUGAGAUCGCGAUUGUGACUAUUGUGUCAGGCUUCGAUGACUAUAUCUUGAGAUCGCGAUUGUGACUAUUGUGUCAGGCAUCGAUGACUAUAUCUUGAGAUCGCGAUUGUGACUAUUGUGUCAGCAUCAUGGGCAUCGAUGACUAUAUCUUGAGAUCGCGAUUGUGACUAUUGUGUCAGGCAUCGAUGACUAUAUCUUGAGAUUGCGAUUGUGACUAUUGUGUCAGGCAUCGAUGACUAUAUCUUGAGAUCGCGAUUGUGACUAUUGUGUCAGGCAUCGAUGACUAUAUCUUGAGAUCGCGAUUGUGACUAUUGUGUCAGCAUCAUGGGCAUCGAUGACUAUAUCUUGAGAUCGCGAUUGUGACUAUUGUGUCAGCAUCAUGGGCAUCGAUGACUAUAUCUUGAGAUCGCGAUUGUGACUAUUGUGUCAGCAUCAUUCAGUGUGUGAACACGAUGACUAUAUCUUGAGAUCGCGAUUGUGACUAUUGUGUCAGCAUCAUUCAGUGUGUGAACACGAUGACUAUAUCUUGAGAUCGCGAUUGUGACUAUUGUGUCAGCAUCAUUCAGUGUGUGAACACGAUGACUAUAUCUUGAGAUCGCGAUUGUGACUAUUGUGUCAGCAUCAUUCAGUGUGUGAACACGAUGACUAUAUCUUGAGAUCGCGAUUGUGACUACUGUGUCAGCAUCAUUCAGUGUGUGAACACGAUGACUAUAUCUUGAGAUCGCGAUUGUGACUAUUGUGUCAGCAUCAUUCAGUGUGAUAACACGAUGACUAUAUCUUGAGAUCGCGAUUGUGACUAUUGUGUCAGCAUCAUUCAGUGUGUGAACAUUCUACAGGGUAAAUUUUUGCACAAUCUUCAUGGUACAAAAUGAAUUAUGGUCUUAACAUUUUUUUCAAUAAUUAUCCGACCGAGUUUGUAACUGGGUCUAAUGCGGUCAAAAACAAGUCAAAUUGUAGAAACAAACACGUGAAAAGUCCCAUUUAUUUCCCAAUCUGCAUUAAACUGGGGCACUAGUUAACUACCAUUUCUAUAUAAUUUGCUGAUUUUCAGCAUCGUUCACUGACUAGGAACUCUUAUUAUGCACUUUUAAGUGUAAUUGUACUGUUAGUGAUUUUAAUUAGAUGAAUGAGUGAAAAAUACCAGUAAAUGAAAAACGGAUCAUUUCAAUUGAUCUCGAGUGAAAUUUUAAUGUUUAAUUAUUCACUAUCUUUGGACUAGUUUAAAAAAAGGAAAUAUCCACAUUGUCACUGCAACAUUCAAACUAUUUAACAAUUAAGAAAAAAUUAACAAUAAGAAACAAUGAAAAUAAUAUCAAGCAACAAAAAGCGAAAUCCUAAGCAAUGAUUUCCUUCAACAGCGUUGCGCGAUAUGUUUAUGAUCAUAUGAAGUCGAAUAAGGGUAAUGUCGCUAGGCAGCAGCUCUCUUAGGAUGACAGGCUCAACUGGUUCUCAUCUGAAACUCGACUAUCACUUCUACAACCGGGACAUUGGCUAAACAAAGUGAUGGGUGGCAUGUUUUUUACGACCAGCCACAAGUUCUUGUUGAGAGAAAGAUUGACUCAAGCCCACUGGAAGGAAAUCAUGAUAACAAAACAUCAGAAUACCAAACCGGUCUGGGCCCGGCAUAACAAUGACUGCGCACUACGAUGUCAGUCUCACGGCUGGAUGCGACAAGAUCCCUAUUACCUACGUAAGAGAAUAGAACGUUAGAAUAUUACUUGCCUGCAAAAAGGUCAACGAACUGACGCAUGAGCUGAAACCCUGCCGUCGGAACACCGUCGGACUAGCCGAGGUCAGGUGGCUAGGCUACGGAGGAACAUCAACAGACAAACGGCACAAGAUAUGGUUUUGUGGGCAGGAUUCUAUACAUCUCCACCGAGUAACUUGGAGCGUUAGGAAACAGGUAGGUAACAGGUCAUCAGUUGCAACCCAGUCUCUAGCAGGCCUAUGUUCAUCACCGAGACCUCAAAACAUCACCAUACUUAAGGUCUACGCACCAUCUUCAUACUAUGACGAUGAGGAUAUCGAACAGUUCUACAAUUAGAGUGCAUCAUAGUCAAUGUUCAGAAUACAGACAUCAUCAUUGUCAAAAGCGACUGAAACGCUAAGGUCGGACAUGACGCCUUCCAAGACUGGUCGGGUACAGAAGGUAGAUUUGGCUUAGGCGAGAUAAACGACAGAGGGCUGAGACUUCUUUAGUUGGCCGGAAGCCACCAACUUACCUUGGUCAGCGCUCUGCAUCUAUACAAACCGUCCAUAAUAGCGACUUGUCAUGGUCCAAACGGACAAGAACACAACCAGAUCGACUUCAUACUGGCGCCGCAACAGGUUAAGUCCAGCAUCAACAAGGCGAACAUAAGAACGUUUUCUCUCAGAGACAUUGGCAGUGACUAUGACUUAGUGCUCACCUGCGUCAAGUUGAAGUUAAAGAACAAGCGCAUCACCAAGAAACUCGUAUAAGAUUUGAGUUGGAGAAACGAAAAGAUCCAGCAAUAACAGAUACAUUUCAAAAAGAGAUAUACGGCAAGUUUGCAGCCUUGAACAUCAUGCACAAGUACAUCUACGCUAUCAACAACGACAUCAUGAAGGUUUUGCCGUCAUCAGCCAGUGAAGUUCUUGGGAGUAAAGGAAGAACAAGCCAUUGUGAAUUUCUGUGACAAAGAAGAGUUUCGGCAUUAGCAGUACACCAGCCUGGACUCCUGGACAGAAUAUCAGAAAGCAAACAGGUGGUGUAGGAAGAAGAUGAAUGAGGUACACAGAACAGAAUAGGAGCAAUCUAUCAACAUUCAAAAAAUAUAAGCACAGGCAUCAGUCAAAAUGCAUACAGCACCCUCAAGAUUCACGCAAAUACCAGUCAAUCCAAGGCCAGUGUAUAGCAAACGCGGACGGGAACCUCCGGACCGAGAGUGCCGCAGUUCUGAAUAGGUGGACUAAAAACUGAAGCAACCUCGAUAAUUACCCGUACCCGCUUGAACCAGACUACAGUUUCCUUCAGAACGAUCCCUGACCAAAAGCAGACGACGAAAGUCUGUCGAUACUUAAGGCAGAAGUGUGUGUCUGUGGGGGGGGGGGGGCAGUACCCAGUCGAAAGGUAGGAGGAAAAUCAUCUGGAAUUGACAACGUCCCUUCUGAGCUGAUUUAGCACGGAAGAGGAGAUGCAACACAAACGUACUCCGGUUGCCGUCUAUUAGCGUUAUUCACUUCGCCUGACGCACGCACAUCUUGGAAAGCCAAUAUACCAGUCAAUGAUAUGAUAACAAUAUGCAUGACAAACAUAUUUUCACGGAGCAAAGCCCAUUUGACGUAUUUCCAAUAUCCAGUUGUCACAGUCGCAUCGCAGUCUCGCGGCAGCGGUCGAUUAUCGGGGAUCGUCAUAGAAACAUCGGGUUCCAAAAGGUGCUAUUGACGUACAUUGCAUCGGCCAUUUUGGAUACAUUAACUACAGGAAAAUAUCGACUGGAACAAACACACGUAUUUGGAUUUGAAAAUCUCUUUUAUAAAGUCGCCAUCUGAAGAACACACCAACGGCAUGCAGUUUGUAGAGCUAAUCGGGCUGGUAUUCCUGGUUGCUCGGAUACGGGCCUCCUCAUACGGGGACUUCCUGGCCGACCUGCAGUACCUGUACAACAUGAAGUCUCUACACGGAUACUACCCGGACGACACAUACAGUGAUAAGCUCAGCACGGACUACUACCCAGACCCGAUGGCCAUGGGGGCCCCUAAAGAAGCACGCGACUAUGGCGAGGCGGCCCUUAGGGACCAGGAGUACAUGAGCCAGCUCCCUAUUUCCGGUUACCAGUUCAUCUCUGGCGGCACUGGCAGGCAAGAAGACGAAGCGGAAGUGAAGACGGACAAAGUGCUGCCGUCUUACUGCACUCCGCCUAACCCUUGUCCCCAGGGUUACACAGGACCGGAUACGUGCGUUAAGGAGUUUGAGAACACGCCCGAGAACAACCGGCGCCUCUUGGAGCAACAGGACUGCCCGUGCGACGCCGAGCACAUGAUCACAUGCCCACCCGGCAAGAAAACCAUCGAUCCAAAAUCCGGCUUCGUCAGCGACGGCCUGGGAGAUGACGACGACGAUGACGUAGACGCUCUUGGCUCGCUGUCAUCUUUUGAUAAUAUUGACCUGGACACACCGGCAACACCGGACGAUUUUUCGGACAUGUUCCCGCUGAUGACGGAGAAAAUGGGAGACCUUGGACUGAAUCCAUACAGACAAAUGUACGGAAAGAGUCCCAAAAGCGUCGUGAAAAAAGCUAGCCCGUGAUUGUUCAUACCUUACCGCUUUUAAGUUUAAAUGCAUUUAAGCACUUAAAUCGAAUAAUGCAGAUUCGCUUAAUUGGUCAAAUUGUUUUCUAAGUCACUAGAUUUUGUUGGCAUGUGUCGUUAGUUCUGUAAGGCAUUGUUACAUUAUUACAUGUAUAUCUGUUGUUGACUAUGUUAAGUCAGUUUUACCGUGUGUCUACUGCAUUUACGAUAUACGCAAAACUUACGGAUUUCGAGCCAGUAUGAAAUUGACAUUUUGCAUGACGUUGUGUAGUGUUUGUGGUUCAAAUUAAGUUACUAGUUUUUUCAGCUUUCUACCAUGAUCAUGAACUUAUAAUCCCGGACCUAGGUCUUAGAAAUCUGUUUACCGCGCAAACAUACUUCUUGACAAUUAUUUUUCAUGAACAUGCUCAAAAAAGAAUUCAAUAUACUUUCUUUUUUUAAUGCAAGAAGGCAAUAAUCUCAUUCUGAACUUGUUUCGUUGUGAAAUUUAAGAGUAUGUAUUUAACAAAUGUUCUGAUACUGUAAAAUGUAAGUUGCUGUAAAAUCAUCUGAAAUGUCAACAAUUCAAUAAUGUUUGGUGAUUUAUUUUUUACAAUCUAUUUUAAUAUAUAUUUUAUUUUUACUUAAAACAAGUUUUAACUUUUUUUUUUUACUAUCACUGUUUCCUCUCAGCAUAUCUUAAGUUUUAUAACAGGCAAGAGACGUUAAUUGGGCUUUAUGUAUGCAAUUUUCGGUAAUGUGUUUCUUGUUAUUGUGAAAAUCAUACUAAUACAACUGUGAGAGUUAUUUUCAUGCACAGAUUACACACUUUGAUUAUGACACCAAUAACGUUAACUAUAAGCCUUUUUAAUAUGUGCAGUUUAAUCCUGUAUGAUUAAAUCAUAUAAAGCAUUUGUUUUAUUUAUAUAAGUAUGCAUAUAUUAUUAAACAUAUAUUCGUUUAAAUAAAACGUUGUUUGGUUA